GGAAGUAUUCGUUUUUCAAAGCCUUUUCUUCGACGAAAAAAUGCUGUUAAGCCAGAGAGCGACGAACUUGUUCGCUGGAAAGAUCUUGGAAGUUCCUAUGUGGAACAUCAUCUUACCGUAGCAGAAGUGAAGGAUAUUUAUAGCGAUUCUUUUAUUAAUGUGGAAUUUCCUGAAAGAAGUGAAGGAUUAAGCUCAAAAGAAGCGGCAAGAAAGGAUCCUAUAGUAGUAGGUGCAGCAAUAUUAAGUAUGGCAACAUAUUUCAUACAUUUAGCCAAUGGUAAUGUCGAGCCAGUAAAUUUAUACUGCUCAGUUAUACUAUUUGCUAUUGUUAUUCUUAUGUGUUUCAUAUCGUUUUAUCAGCAAAGAAAAGCACUUAGGGUAGCAAGCAAUUUUCAAACAUUACUACCACAAUCAUGUCUUGUGGUUCGUGAUUGCACUGAACGCUUAGUGAAACUUGAAGAAGUUGUUGUGGGCGAUAUUGUAGUUAUUUCUGAAGGAAACGGUUUCGGAGUGGUUAUUCGAAGUGGGAAAUAUACGGUUCUGGGUGGUAUAGUUGAUGUGCAACGACAUGUUAGUACCACUCAAAGUACGUUUCAAAUUGAAAUCAACCAAUUUGUACAUUUCGUUUCUGUGUUAGCUUUAUGUAUGGCUAGCUUGGUUUUUUUGGUUGGAUGCUUUGUUACUCGAUUUGAAAAUGUUCUGGAUCAUUUCAUUAUUGGUUUUGUAAUAAUUAUUGUUGCCAACGUUCCACAAGGAUUGCCAGCAACAGUUAUGUCGCAAUUGGCAAUAAUUGCUCGUCGCUUAGCGAAAAAAGGUGUUUAUAUCAAAAAACUGGACGUCAUUGACGAACUUGGAGCAACGACUGUUGUCGCAACUGAUAAAACUGGGAGUUUAACUCAAAACUCUAUGGUCGUAACAGAUCUUUGGUACAAUAGAAGGCAUCAUGCUGGUCAUUAUGAUAUAGCUUACUCCGGAUUAUGCUUACGACAACGAAAAGCCAGUUGCAGUCAAUUCGAGCAACCUUUACCAGACAUACUAACCGUGAUGAGCGUCUGUAAUCGAGGACAAUUUGAGCGAGUCCACAAAUCACUACGUCGAGUAUGGACUGAACGAACGUUAAAACAAUCCAAACAACAACCCGUACAUUCUGCAUCAAAAAUUUUCACUGUUAUAGACACAAUGACAGGACAAGAGGCAAAUGCAAUGAAUCGCCAUAAUGAAUUAAUGGAAAAGAAUACUCUGACUUCGGAUUCUGACGAUGUGAAAAAUUUGGAUCGACGUGGAGAAAUUUUUGGAAUGCCUUCAGAUGUGGCACUUUUACGUUACGUUGAAAUGAAUGCAUCCGUUGAAGGAAUUAGAUUAAGAUAUAACAUUGUUUUCGAAAUGCCAUUCAAUUCAGUUCGUCGUUAUCAGUUAGUUGUUGCUCGUUGUUUAGGCGAUGGUUCAGCUUGCAACAGUCAAACAAAUAUCGAAUUCGCUGGUUCAAAUAAUGCAAAAUUUUGUGUUAUGAUAAAAGGCGCACCAGAGGUUAUACUAAAUAAAUGUUCGCUGGCUCGCAUUAACGAUGAUAUCGUAAAAAUCAGCGAAGAUCUUAUAAGCGAAUGCGAGGCAGCUUGGGAGCAUUAUGGAAAUGGAGGAAGGCGAGUCAUAGCUUUCGGUAUUAAAAAUUUUGUUGCUGAUUCGAAUAUUAAUUAUACAUCGUUUAAUGAAGAUUUCGAAGAAGGUCUAAUAUUUCUUGGAAUGGCAGCAAUUAUGGAUCCUCCUAGGACGGACGCUGCACCAGCAAUAAUGCAAUGUAAGGAAGCUGGCAUUAAAGUUUUUAUGAUAACAGGUGAUCACGCAACAACCGCAAUCGCUAUCGCUCGCCAAAUCGGCUUAAUCGGUUUGUCUAACAAAGCGGCAGCAAAGGCUGAAAUAACAAAAAAUGCUAAUACAGUUCAAUCAAAUUUAGCCGAAGAAAAUGACGUAAAUUGGGCAGUUGUUAAUGGUUCAGAAUUAUCCACAAAAACCGAUGAAGAAUGGACUGAACUUCUCAAACACAAAUAUAUAGUUUUUGCAAGGACAACUCCAGAUCAAAAAUUGCAAAUCGUUGAAGAGUGCCAAAAAAGAGGCGAAAUAGUGGCUGUUACGGGUGGUGGUGUAAACGAUGUUCCGGCAUUGGCUAAUGCAAAUGUUGGUAUCGCUAUGGGCAUUACAGGCUGUGAUAUUGCUAAACAGGCCGCUGAUAUUAUUCUUACGGAUGAUAAUUUCGCUUCAAUUGUAAAAGGUUUCGAAGAAGGUCGACUAUUAUUCGAUAAUCUUCGCCUUUCUAUUGCUUAUACGUUAGCUCAUAUAUGGCCAGAAAUAUUUCCCGUUGUUCUUCAAUUCGUUUUAGGCUUACCGUUAGGACUUUCACCUUUACAGAUUUUAAGUAUCGAUAUUGCAAGCGAAUUGCCGCCAGCUAUAUCUUUAGCAUACGAAUCGCCAGAGCGUGAUAUUAUGAAAAUACCUCCUCGUAAUCGAAAUGAUCGUUUAGUUUCUCGAUCGCUACUCAUUUAUUCGUACAUUUUCGCUGGAUCAAUCAUUACUUUUGGCUGCAUUCUUGCAUAUUUAUCCGUAUAUUUCUAUUACAACUUACGUCUCGGUGAUUUAUUUUUCACAGCUGAACAUUACUGGAAUGCUGACGCUCAAAAUUUCACGACGAUAGCAAAUGAAACAAUAACGGGAAUUCAACAGUUGAGCAUUAAAAGACAAGCAGCAGCUGCAUGGCAAAUUACACUCGUUCUUUCUCAAGUGUUUCAUUUAUAUAUGUGUAGCACACGUCGUGUCUCAAUAUUCGUCCAUGGUAUAACGAAUUUAGUGUCCGUUUUUGCAGUUAUUAUCGAAAUUUUAUUACUUAAUUUGUUUAUCUAUACUCCAGCAUCUCAGUACAUCUUACAAGUAGAAUCACCGCCGAAUCAUGUUUGGAUUUUUGGUCUCUUAUUUGGCUUAGCAUUGGUAAUUUUUAAUGAAGGAAGAAAGUAUUGUAUAAGGCGUUGGCCAAAAAAUCGUUUUGUUGGAUUUGUUAAAAUGUAA